AUGGGCAUUGAACUUACCUCCUCGCACACUGGGGAAGGACUUAACCCAGCUGAUCUCAGUUUUGUUAAUACCACAAACAUUCAAAAUAUCUUAUGUGACUGUCAAGUUACUCCACUUUAUAUCACAGUGGCCAUCGGUGGAAGACUGACGGGAGAAUCUCGUUCCAUUUCAAGUGAUUCACAUGAGUCACGGAUGGAUCCUAUUUUAACUCCCGGAAAGAAACUUGUUUUACUCUAUUUAUUAUUCUUUAUCUUAAUAUAUCAAGCACAUAUCACGUGGUGCACUGAAAGUCUGAAUUUAACACACCAGCACGAUUAUGAGAACAGCAGCGAGAGCAGCAGGAUAAUGCUGGAGAAAUGGGAUCCCGCUUCCCAAACGGAGCAGAGGUCCUUAGAGAGCAACACAUCAUCAACAGAACAAACAGAAGCACAGAAGCCAUCAUCCCGCAGAGCCACCGAUGGACUUUAUUACUACUUCCCUGGAAAAUGCAGCUACACAUUACUGAGAGACUGCGAAGACAGCACUCGGUCAAGUGUACAUAUACAGGUGCAUAAUGACCCAGAAUGCAGUUCUUUCCCAUACUCCUGCGCUCGUUCAAUCAGCCUCUUCCUGCCGUGGGAGGGGGAGAUUAGGUUACAGAACUUCAGUGUUACUUUCAAGGGUCAAAGUGUACAGCUGCCCCAUCACAUCCAUGAUGUUGAGCUGGAGCGAAUCUCUGACUACAUUGUAGUGUCUCAGCCACAGGGUUUCACGCUGGCCUGGCAGGGUCUCACUGGCUCUGUGUACAUCAAGAUGAGUCCUGAGUUUGUAGGACACACCUGUGGACUAUGUGGCAAUUUCAAUGCUGACACUCAGGAUGACUUGAAGACCAGCUAUGGUGUUUUCACACAGGAUUUGGCUAUGUUUGGAAACAGCUGGGCAGAGGAGGAGCCACAGCUGGGUGGAUGUCCUGUUGUUCCCUCUCUUUACCCCUCACCAUGUGCCACGCAGGAUCCUCGUGUCUUAUUGAAAGUGGAGGAAGUUUGUGCCACCCUACUGAAGGAACCGUUCCAGUCUUGCCAUGAAUUUGUCAGUCCAAAUUCAUACAUGGCCAGUUGCUCCAAUGACCUCUGCCUGUCUGGUCCCAAUGGUGAUGUCGUGUGCCAGGUUUUCACAGAGUAUGCCAGAGCAUGUGCCCAUGCUGGACAUGCGCUGCAUAACUGGAGAGCACACUUUCCUGUUUGCAGUGUAGAUUGCCCCGGUGAGCUCCUUUUCAGAGAGUGUAUUACCUGCUGUCCCAUGCACUGCAAGAUCGAACACAUGUGUAUAGACAGCAAGCUGCAGUGUUUGGAUGGCUGCUACUGCCCUGAUGAUUUGAUCUACGAGAAUGGGGUGUGUGUUAAGGCAUCAGAGUGUCCCUGUGAGCACCACGGCAUGCUGUACCCCUCCGGACUUGUCAUACAAGAAGACUGCAACAACUGCACAUGUGUUGGGGGCAUAUGGAACUGCACUGAGCAUAGCUGUCCAGGGGAGUGCUCUGUGACAGGAGAUAUGUUCUUCCAGUCGUUUGAUGGCCGCAUUUAUACAUUUCCUGCUACGUGCCAGUACGUUUUAGCCAAGAGCAGAAAUUCGGGCAAGUUCACUGUGACCAUUCAGAAUGCACCCUGUGGAGCCAAUCUGGAUGGUGCUUGUAUUCAGUCAGUCAACCUGAUGGUUGAUGAGGAUCCACAUACUGAGAUCACAAUGAGCCAUAGUGGAGAGGUUUUUCUGGCCAGCCAGUUCAGGAUCUCACUGCCGUAUUCAGAUGAUGUGUUGCAGAUCCAGGAGCUGUCAUCCAUGUUUGUUCAGGUGAAGUCAUCGCAGGGUCUGCGGCUGCAGUAUAACUGGAGGGAGUUCAGGCUGUACCUGCAGUUGGAGAAGCAGUGGAGAGAUGAUACUGUGGGCCUCUGCGGAACCUUUAACGGCAACAUUCAGGAUGACUUCCUUGCACCCUCUGGCAUGAUUGAAAGCACACCAUACUUGUUUGGAAAUGCAUGGCGUGUGUCUUCAGCAUGCGUACCGCGGCCCAUCUUACCCCAGCUUGACCCUUGUGACACACACCAGCAAGCAGCCGCUUAUGCAGUGGAGAAGUGUGAUGUGCUGAUGCAAGAGGUGUUUUCUGCCUGUCGUGAGUAUGUGAGUCCAGUGGGUUUCCAGCUCCAGUGUCGUGCAGAUGUCUGCAAAUGUGGAGCGCCGUGCCUUUGCUCCAUCCUCGCUCACUAUGCCCGCACCUGCAGGAGACAUGGUGUCAUCAUUGAGUUCCGCUCACACCUGCCUGAGUGUGCCAUCACGUGUCCAUCUACUAUGGAGUAUGGAGUCUGUGUGUCGUCAUGUCAGCGUCGCUGCCUGUUUCUGUCUCUCCCUCAGCUGUGUGGAGAUGAGUGUGAGGAGGGUUGCGUGUGCCCGGAAGGAACAUACUUCAACAUGCAUACACACACCUGCGUGCCACGGAGUGAAUGUCCAUGUAGUUUUCUUGGUGCUGACUAUUUUCCUGGAGAUGUGGUCAUGACAUCAUCAGGUGUACAAAUUUGCCAAGAUGGAAAACUUGUUUCCCAGAGCUCAAUUAUUGAUACCAUGUGCCCACCAGGGCAGUUUUAUGAGGACUGUGGGAACCGAGCAGACAGCCACUCGGCCAAUAAAGGUUUAGCCUGUGAACAGACCUGUGAGUCGUAUUUGCUCAACCUCACCUGCUCCACUCAUGAGCCGUGCAUGCCUGGCUGUGUCUGUCCCACAGGGCUCCUCGAACAUGGUGACGAAUGUUUCGAGCCACAUGCAUGUCCGUGCUUGUGGAAAGGGAAAGAAUAUUAUCCAGGAGACAGAGUAUCGUCCCCCUGCCAUCAGUGUGUGUGUCAGCACGGCACGUUUCAGUGUGAGUUCCGCCCAUGUCCGUCAAUGUGCACGGCUUAUGGAGAUCGACACUACAGAACAUUUGAUGGGUUCCUGUUUGAUUAUAUUGGUGCAUGCAAGGUGUAUUUGGUCAAGAGCUCAUUAGAUUCAAUGAUGACUGUCACAGCAGAGAAUGUUGACUGCUUUGAGAGUGGCGUGAUCUGCAGGAAAUCUCUCCUCAUCUCCUUGGGACGCUCCUUCAUUGUGUUUGAUGAUGACACCGGGAAACCUAACCCAUCCAGUGUGAUCGAGAGGCAGAGAGUAUAUAUCUGGCAAGCAGGAUACUACACCAUUGUGCAUCUGCUUGGGGAAGACCUCACAGUGCUGUGGGACAGAAAAACCACUGUACAUAUACAAGCUGGACCACGCUGGCAGGGCAAGCUUACUGGUCUUUGUGGGAACUUUGAUCAGAAGACAGCGAAUGAGAUGAGAACACCAGAGAACAUUGACUCGUCAACACCACAGGAGUUUGGCAACAGCUGGACAGCAGCAGAGUGUGUGAACAGUCCUGAUAUAAGGCACCCCUGCAAUCUGAAUCCUCUUCGAGAGCCCUUUGCAAAAAGACAGUGUGGGAUUUUGCUCAGUGAAGUGUUCCAAGUCUGCCACCCUGUGGUAGAUGUCACAUGGUUCUAUAUGAACUGCCUGGUCGACACCUGUGGCUGCAACCGUGGAGGAGACUGUGAGUGUUUCUGCACGAGUGUUGCAGCAUAUGCUCACCGCUGCUGCCAAAAGGGCGUCACCAUUGAUUGGCGCUCCCCCUCUGUCUGCCCUUAUGACUGUGAAUACUACAACAAAGUGUCUAUCUCAGAAACUCUCUCAGGCACCUCUACAACAAGCAAGCCAACAGAGUCUUUGACACUUUUCACACGUACCACAACUAUCCCCUCACCAUCUACUUUUAGUCCUACUCUGUCGUCUACCUCAAGUAAAGAGCCGAUCAGAGUAAGCACUCUACCUGUGCUUCCAGUCUCAACCAGCAUAAGCUCCACAGAAGCCACUUCCCCAACAGUCAAAGUGUCAUCUCCUCUCACCUAUAGUACUGAGAACCCCAGAGUCUCUGAGGCCUUUAUACCUACUGAAAAGACCACAAUGCCCUCUGUGACUUCAAGUGGCAGCACACAGUUUCCUGUUGAAACCAUCAGCAUGACAAAGUCCACCUCAUCAUCGACCACAACACCUAUGUUAGAAUUGAGUACCUCUGUCACCACAGAAAAAUGGACCUUUCCGUCAUCUUUACACACUGUGAAGACCCCUGGGAGCACCUCUGAAACCCAGAAGCCUUUGGACAUCACUACCAUUUCCACUUCCCCUACAGAUAUUGAAGCAUCAACCACUCACAUUACAGUAAAAUCCACAAGUUCUGCUUUUCCAACACCACCUUCAGUUCAAACGCCACUUAUUCCUUCAACAACAACCUCAGAGCAACCCAAAACUUCAAAAACAACAGUGUCUGUUUCCACAGCUGCUACAACAACCUUCAUCACCACAGUGUCCUCUCAAGCUGCAUUUGUGCCAACAGAAACUACAGCAAAAACAACCUAUCAGCCAACAUCUAUUAUAUAUCCUUAUCCUGAUGUUCCAACAACUGAUGGAACAUUGCAGACAGAUUGGAGAGUGAUCCAAACCACAUCAACUCUAUCACCAGAAACAACCCAAACCAGUGCCAGGACAGCAAAGACACCACUUACCACCUACACCACCAUGCCAUUCACCUCAGCACCUACAGAAGAAACAUCAACACUGCUUACAUCACAUGUGUCACCCGUUGACAAAACAACUUCUAGAGUUGUCUCAGCUUCUACUAUGCUGAGCUCUACAGAGUCUCACUGGAGUUUAGUUUCCACCACUGCUCUCCUUUCAGACAAAGUCAGCACAUCACCAGUUCAUCCUCCUUAUUCUAUGACAACUAUGACCACCACAUCUGAACUGCCUGAGAUUUCUCCAGCUUCACCAUCCAUACUUACAAUGGCAACAUCAGUAUCUGAAGCCCCAACAAAAACCACAGAAACAACCAUCACUUCUGAGAAACCUCUGCUAACGUCUACUGCAGCUGAGGAGAUUGUUUCUACCACUCAAACAUCUACAGCUAGACCUUGGAGUAUACAUACUAUCACCGAGACAACUAGGGUUUCUCUUGACACAGAUAGAGCUGUGCUGUCAACCACUGCGACAACCCAGACGUCAACACUGGUCCAUGAGACCUCCAGCACCUUUCCCUCAAUGACUUCAAUGACAAUGAUUCCAAAAUUCACAACCCGUGUCACACCAGUCUUGACCUCACGGGUGGCUGUGGCUACCACACGGCGAGAAACUCCAUGGGUUGUGGCCACAACCAGCAUUUCACUUCCAACUAGGAAUGCAACGACAUUGACAACACCUGCAACCACUUAUACAGAUAAAGUGACCACUGUUUCCACAGAUAUAACUACUUCUAGUAUCCCUGUUGCUGCUUCUAGCACUCUUCCAACACACAGUCCUGACACCACUGAAUACACCUUUGGAUUUACAGAGUACACCACUGAAUCUGGUCCGACCACAACACUGCGAUCAUCAACUGGAACAACUCCAGUGCCUAGUGUGGCAUCAGUUGUUACCCAGACUACCAUUUCAACACAGCCCCCUAUUUCCUCUACUGUCACUGAGAGUAGUCCCAUAACCAGUGCAAGUGCCUCUACUGAGCGCCCUCUGGUGGAUGAACACACUACAGUCACAGCCAUGGCACCUGCUCCAGACACUGCCCAAACAACACUGAGUUCAUCUGUGAUGACCACUCUUCCCUUCACGAUAGAAACAGGGCACUGGAUGACGAGCCAGACACAUGCAGUUUUAAAAACUACUGCUCUCGAGCCAAGCAGAGUAUGCACCUCUCCAUAUUCCGAGGUAGUGGAUAAAUGUACAAAGCUUAUUUGUGUCAGUGGCCAGUUGCUCCUCUUCAAUAAGUCUCAGAGCUGCCCAUAUGAUGCUACACCUCCAAACUGUGGUCUGCUUGGCUUUGCUGUGCUGGUCAAUGGUGAUAAGUGUUGUCCACGAUGGGACUGUCCAUGUCGUUGUUCAGUGUUUCCAGAUCUUAAUCUGAUCACAUUUGAUGGGAAAAGUGUUGCGAUUUAUAAAGCUGCUUUAUAUGUGGUGACUCAGCUUCCCAAUGAGACUGUUAGCAUCUUGGUGCAAGAGUGUUCUGGACCAGAUGACACUCUUGUGUGGAACUUUACCCAUUUGUGUCUGGCAGCUUUAAACAUUACUCACAAAUCCAAUGAAGUGCUCAUCAAUCGUCUGCAGAGACGCCUAUAUGUGAACUCCAGGUACGCCAAGCCACGUUUUAAGAAGUUUGGUUUUGAGAUUCUGGACACAGGAAACAUGUAUCUAAUCCGAAGCCCAGCUGGUCUGAAGAUCCAGUGGUUCCACACUACAGGCUUGAUGGUGAUUGAGAUGGACAGCUAUAACAACAGACUGCCCACAGUGGGCUUGUGUGGUAGUUGUGAUGGUAAUCCUCUGAAUGAUCUGACUCUGUCUAACGGUACAGUUGUGUCUGAGCAAGAGGAUCCGGCCGUGUUCAUCGAUAGCUGGCAGAUUCCCAACACCACCAGCUACGUCAGCCACAGCAGACGGAGGGAGGUCAACUGCACCACGGGCGACUGCUCCCAGUGCAUGAGCAUGCUGAGCAACCGUACCUUCACCAUCUGCCAUCCUUAUGUCCCACCAGCAAUGUUCUGUGAGAUGUGGGUGAGAGAUGUGGAGUAUGUGAAUAAUCCAUGUGUUGCUUUGGCCGCUUAUGCUGCUUCCUGCCACAAAUUCAACAUCUGCAUGGAAUGGAGGAGCUCUGAUUUCUGCCCAUUCAUGUGCCCAGAUAAUCUGCAGUACCAAGCAUGUCUGCCUGCUUGCACUGCCCCAUCCUGCCCAAACCAAGAGUUUGAGUUUGUCCCAGAGCAAUGCACAGGCCUUUCAGAGGGCUGUGUGUGUCCAGAGGGAACUCUAUUACACCGGCCCUAUUCUGCCCUAUUGUGUGACAAAUGUUCUGAGGCAGCUCCAGUGUGUCAAGAUGGAGAACUGUUGAUUGUGGACACAAACAGCACAGAGUGCUGCUGUCCAGUUUAUCACUGCUUAUGUGAGACGUCUCGAUGCUUAGACAUCACAUGUCCAGUUGGCAUGGCAGUAGUUUCCACAAGGAUUCAAGAUCAGUGUUGUCCAUUACAUACAUGUGAAUGUGCAUGUGAGAAAAACCUUCGUCCUAAAUGUGCUAUGGGGGAAAGUAUGCAGUUAGACAGAGCAUUUCUGUCUGAUCCAGAGAACCGGUGUGCCUGCAAACGAUUCGUUUGUGUGAGAGAGGCAGUGUGUGUGGAUGGUGAACGGGGAGUGAUGCAGCCAGGACAAACACUGGUCGAGCACCGUGAUCAGGGUGUGUGUUACACCACACAGUGCACACACACACUGGAUUCUGCCACAGGUUUCUAUCUCCUCAAAGCCACUGGCACUAACUGCACUGCACGCUGCCAGCCUAACCAGAUAUACAUCCCUCCUAAAGACCCCAGCAGCUGCUGUGGCAUGUGUAAGAACAUUUCUUGCCUGAGCCGGAGUGAGAAUGGAUCUGUAACUAUGUACAAGCCAGGGCGCAGCUGGGUGUCUGACUGCAUGCACUAUGACUGUACGGACACUCUGUCAGGACCUGUGCUCGUCUCCCACCCCUACAGCUGCCCCCCCUUCAAUGAAACUGAGUGCAUGAAGAUUGGGGGCACCCUUGUGAGUUACAUGGAUGGGUGCUGCAAGACAUGUAAAGAGGACGGCAAGUCAUGCCAGAAAGUGACAGUAAGGAUGACAAUUAGAAAGAAUGAUUGCCGUAGUAACAGACCGGUGAGUUCAUUUCAGAAUAUACCUGUUAUAAUCUGGCUUUAAUUUGGCUGUAAAC